UAUACCAUCAAAAUAGAUGGCUGGAACGCUACAUGAGUAAUGGAAAUAUGUUUAAAAAAGUCUACUUCUGGUCUGUGCCUGUUGUAAGUACCACGCAGACUCUAGCUACAUGGAUGAUACUCUUAGUAACGUGUGAUCGUUUCAUACAUGUGUGUCGCCCGCUGCAGGCAAACAGAAUUUGCACUGUCAAAAACAUUAGGAGGGUCACAAUUGUAGUAAUGGUUUUAGCUGUUGCAUACAACAUUCCAGUGUGGCACAGUCGAGUGUCCAAAGAGUUCCGUUACUCCGAUGGAUACAAGAUUACCUAUAGCAGCAUAUUAAAUGCUAUAUUUAGAUAUGUGGGACCUGAACUUGCGGUGUUUGUAUUGAACAUUCUUCUCAUUAAUGAUGUCCGUAAAUCUCCUGCAAUGGAUAUCAACAAAAAGAAAGAAAAGGAAGAGAAACGCAUCACCUUCACUCUGAUUUUGAUAGCAACAUUCUUUCUCAUUUUAGUCACUCCUUGCACGGUUGCACAAUUUAUAGCAUCUAAAUUAAUUGUAGCAUCAAAAGAAACAAAAUUCAUAUUUGUUCAAUUUGCCAAUUUUUUACUAUUAUGUAAUUCAUCUGUAAAUUUUAUCAUAUAUUGUCUGACUGGUGCAAGAUUUCGGAAGGUGUUUUUGUCAACUCUCCGCUGUGCAAACAGGCACCAUAAUGUCAGCCAUUCUACUAGUGGCAGUACCCAGCACACUGUGUUAAAGACAUCAACAAAAUUAUGAUGUUUGAAGCAAAUAUUCAAGGACAGCUUGAGACUCUUACACUCUUUGCUGUCUAAUUGGAUGGUCAAAAAACCGGGAAUAAUUUCCUAAAAUGACUAAGAUAUGAGAGAAAUGCAGGGUUUCCAUUUUUUACCACCCUGUACUUUAGUCAUUAAGUCAUAAUGUUUUGUAAUAGUGUG